AUGGGCUCUACUAAUGUCACAGUGAAGUUCAUUGAACGGUUGGGUAAACGUUUUCAAAUCAGUGUGGAAAAAGUUGAUUACUUCUUGGGUUUACAAAUCAAGAAGUUUGACAACGGUAUUCAAAUAAAUAAAUCUGCAUAUGUGAAGAGGUUUUUGGAGAAAUACGAUAUGAUGGAUGCAAAACCAUUGUCUUUACCCACUGAACGAGGAUGGACACCAGGUGAGUCACCUCCUUUGAUUAAUACUGGACUGUAUCGAGAAAUAAUUGGAAGUUUGAUGUAUUUAACACAAGGCACAAGACCAGAUUUAUCAUAUGCUGUUAAUAUUGCCUCAAGAGUUCAAGACUCUCCAACUCAGGCGCACUUUGCAUUACUCAGACGAAUAUUUAGGUAUCUUAAAUCAACAAUUACAGAUGGCAUUAAGUUUACGAAGGAUAAAGACUGCAGUAUAGAAGGCUAUAGUAAUGCUGACCAUGGUAGAGACAGAGGCACUAGACGAUCAACAAGUGGCAUCCUGCUCAUGUUCCAUGGGAGGCCAGUUGUGUGGAAAAGUGAAUUACACCAGUGUGUUGCUCUUUCUUCAAUGGAGGCAGAAUAUGUGGCUACAAGUGAAACUUACAAAUCACUUGCAUGGUUAUACUGA